AUGUGUAACAUUUCGAUGUACAAGAAUUGUGUAACAUAUAACAUCUAAAAUUAAUUACACGGAUUAUUUUGGUAUCAAUGUUCAAGUAUCUCGGAGUAUCACAAAAAUGAGAAAUUCAGUACUAAGGAAAUAUCAAGUUUGUGAAAUAUUUUAAUGUCAUUGUACACAAUACAUGUAUAUGUGAUAUCAAUCGUAGCGUAACGGAAUACUAUGAAAUCUUGAUGGACUCCACGCGAAGCACUCCGAGUACUCGGCGCGACGUUAAGCCGAAUCGAAUCCGUGUCUUUAUCAGCGAUCGGCGAUCCGCGCGGCGGUAUCGUUUGCGGUACUCGCCAAGUGAAAGCAAGCUGCAAUCGUGCCGGGCCCCCGCAACACGGUCCCGGGGCCCGUGCAGUCAGUCCGAGGUGAGCUGAGAGCUGGCAUGCCGAGUGCCGUGCACCGCGAGUUGUCAGCGUGUUGAGCAUCUCCAAAUCAAGCACGGGAUAAUUGCGUUUCGCGCGAUCCGAUUCCGCGAGAUUCGUGUGUUCGCGUAUAUAGGAUGAGAGCAGAUUGAGCGCAAUGACAUCGAGAUACUUCGUGUUUGUUGCGGCUCUAGCGUAUGUUGCAGUGUCCGCCGCGCAAGUUUACAAGAGCUACCCGGAGGACGCAGCCGCAGCGAUCGAACCAGCAGCUACAAAUAAUGACUUCGUCACCCAGACCGUCUACGGCUUUUUGGACUUCACCACGACGAUCGGCAACACGGUGAUGGUCUUCAGCCCUCAGAGCGCUCCUCCAGAAGGAGGCAUCGGGAAGAAGAUCACGUCCUCCACGCCGGCGAUUUACACGAAGCCGACGACGGAGCAGCAGCCGAAGAAAAAUGUCCCCGACAUCCAGCCCAGCAAGACCCACAAGGCCGAGGAUCAGGGCGGCGAGACGAAGAAGCAGAUAAAGGGCACAAAGAUCGUUGUGAAUUCCGUGGUCGAGCAGAACGUGGUGAAUCUGUCCGAGAACGCCGCGCCGAAACCAACGAAGAGCCAGGAACUAAGUAAACAGACGAAGACACCCGUAUUGUCAUCGGUUGUUCAAGUACGUGCCAAAGAUGAAACUCCAGGCGUGAAGAACAAUCUCGCCGAACCGGAAUACGAUUUUCUCUCAAAGCAACCGACGGAAGUGAUCGACGAGACGUACAAGCUGAUCAAUCUGCGACCGUCGUCGAAGGCUCCUCACAAGCCGCGCGCAACCCCGCGAAGGGAUAAGGAGAACCCAACCGGGCUGGUGACCAAGCUAGGCGGUACCAUCGUGAAGGACGGGCUCACUACUGUGCACGAGACCAGCGUGAUCGGGACCUACAUCAACGGCAAGUACGCCCAGGUGCUGCAGAGCUCGUCGAGAAUCCUAACGGCGCCGCUCGCGCCGGUGGCUGAAGGUAAGAUUCGGCCCUCCAGCUCCAAUCGCAUCCUGAAGACCAUCGGUCCUCAGCACGGUAAGCUCAAGCCUCAGCUGGAACCCACCCCGACCUAUCAGCAACAGGAGGAGUCUUCGCUGCCCUUAGAGGCCCUCUUCGACGAAUCCUCCGGCAUUCCGGUGCGAACGACGCGAAGACCGACCCCCAAUAAUCCAUCUAGGCCCAAAUUCCGAAACAAGAUCGCCGAUGAAUAUGAUAACAGUGAACCACAGCAAACGAGGAUUGGAAAGAAUCGCUCCAGUACGACGCGUCCAAAUUAUAAAAAUCGCCCUGCGACCACCACCACUGAGGCACCCAUCACUCGUCGUCGCAGCAGUUUCCGGCCGAACAGUCAGUCCGCUAUCUCACCCUUGAAACAAUCGACGAAGUCGAAGAAUAAUGACCAGCCAUCGUCGACGCCGAUCAGUCUUCUGCCCAAGGUGAAACUACCGAGGACGCAAGGUCGCUGGUCGUACAAGACCACGCCGAAGCCGAGGAUCAUGAUUCGCAAACAGGUGGACGAUGAAGAUGUCCGAACGUCAACGACCGAGCCGAGUACAGCGGAGUCGUCUCUCGGACCGAUCUUUGACGAGCAAGGCAGAGCGACGGCGGCGACGAUCAACGUUGCCUCAUCUAGUGGCGCCAAUGUUGCCCAGAGGAAGGAGCUGUCCUUGACGGAAGACGAAUUGGACCCCAGUGAGAGCGAGGAUGUGGCCAGCGUCAGCAUGCAGGAUCAGCAGCAUCCUGGAGAACAGAUCCUGCCGAUGGAGACGCUCAACGUGGAGAUCUCCACCGCGGCGGAUCUCGAUAAUAUAUACUUCGAGAUUGCCACUAUCAAAUCGCCCUACGCUUUCCAGGUAGGAACACUCCGAAACACCCGCUACAUCACGGUGACCUCCACCAUCAAGAAAACUUUCGCAACGGCCGAACCGAGCAGCUCGAUCUCGCCCACCGAACCGCUCACGGAGAAUAUCCUGGCGAACACCGGGGCUGCCUACGAGUCGACUUUGCCGCUGGACUCGUCUGUCGCGACGCUUCCGGCGAUCUCUCUGGACGCUGCUCAGGCGACGCCGCCGUUGGAAACGCUGACGGAAACGUUCUCGACGACACAGACGUUGCUAAAGACGCAUAUGUUGCCGGUGAUCUACGCCGGCAACAGUACCACCCGGUUGACUCUGGUGCAAACGUACAACAUUGCCCGGGUGGUAACAGCGACGAAGACGUUACCGCCGAUGGAGAUCUAUCAGUUCAUUCCGAGCAAGACGCUGAACGAGUUCAACUCGAAGCUCGACGAAGCCGGCAGCGAGCUGCACCUCGAGCUCGACUUCGGCGACGACGAUAGCGAUGACGAGGACGUGCCUAAGAGGGUAGUGGUGCCCAACAACGACCCCGAUGCCGACCUAGACAUCUUCAAGUCGGCGUCGCCAUCCAAGGCGAAGAGCGACGUCGCGACCAGCAGCAACGCCGAACCUCAGCUGACCCCGGAACAGGCCCAACAGUUGGCUCUGCUGAAAUAUUUCGGUCAGCCGCAACCCCAGGUUAUCACUACCUCCAAACCGGUAGUCACCUUGGAGACGCUAUACGAAUCGCAUGUAAUUCCCGUGGUGAACUUGGGGAAUACCAUCUUUUCGACACUGACCAGGCCAGUCGGCACCGUGCCUAGGACAUCCUACGAAUACGGCACGUCCACUCUGAGCCCGGUGCUGCAGCCGCAGGUCCCGCAGGUUCCGCAGGUACCGCAGCUGCCGCUGUUCCCGCAACAGCAGCAAUUCACGGUGACAAGCGCGCCCAUAGUCACCCAGACCCUCGCCACCGUGUCCGACUCGCGGGUACUGAAGCUCACCUUCGGCGCCAAGACCGCCUACACCACCCUCUUCUCCACAAGGGUCGUUCCUACCGAGCUCACCACCUAUAUCACUAACACGGUGCCGGUGCAGCCGACGGUGCCGGCGUAUCCCGGUUACUACCCGGCACCGGUGCCCUAUGGGCCCUACCCCUUCGUUGGUUAGAUCUCGAUCCGAUCUUCGACUCCUCCGAGUCCUUCGCAAUCCACUUCGAUUGCGGUCAAUCGCCAGAUAGAUUAGUUUUCUUUCAAGCUAAAUAUUAAAUUAAUUAAUUUUUAUAAUUAUAUAAGGGAGAAGGUACAUAGUUUUUUUUUAUGAUAAACUAUACGAGCGGUACGAUCCUAAACAUAACAGUCUUAUUUAUGUGUAUAAUGGUUCUUUCAUAAAUUUUUCUUGAUAAUCCUUUCGAUAAAGGCAGAUAUAUUAUAUUUCGCACGUUGUAUAUAUUGGUUGCCAUUACGAUAACUGAACACUUAAUAAAUAGUGAUUUAUGAUAAAUUUAAUAUUAUACUUACAUAAGAUUUCUAAUUAAAAAUAUCUUAGAUUUAAAAAUAAAUUUUAAUAAAUUUAUUCAUGUCAAAAUUAAAGAUAAGAAUCAAUGUGACAGCGCUGCAAAUCUACAAUGUCUUUUACAGAGCAACAAUUUUUUGUAAUUGCAAUUCUUUAAAAAAUCGACGAAUGUGUAUCGUUGAUGUAGAACCUGAAGGGACGCGGCCGCGAUUGCAGGCGAAGAAAAUUUUACAAAUUUACAGUAUCGAAUUAUUCAAUAUAGCAAAACAUCGGCGAUGAUCGCAAUCGAACGGCAUUAUUGUAAAUAAAUUAUUGACUAUAAUAUAUAUAAAUAUAUAUUGUAUAUCGUAUAUUAUGUAUGUAUACUUCGUAUUUUGUAAAUAAAUGAAACGAAAACGUGAAUUUACUUAUCGCGUCACAACAAAUCUACAUAUCGAAUAAAAAAACA